AUGUUCCACUUGAUUCCCCCUGACUUCUCCUACAGAGAGACCCCUCUGAAAGAUGGUGAGGACGCUGCGUCUUCGUCAGACUUGGCCUCAGAUGCCGCCUCCUCGCUCUUCAACCACUGGGGUCACGACCUGGGCCCUGAGAGUCGAAGGGUUGCCCUCAGGAAGUUCCGUUACUACGGCUACAACGGCUACCUUAGUGACCGCAUCUCCCUCAACCGGCCGAUCCCAGAUUUACGACCGGACGGGUGUAGAAACAUAUCGUAUUCAUCAGACCUUCCUCAGCUCAGCAUCAUCUUCAUCUUUGUCAACGAGGCCUUGUCAGUGCUGCUGCGCUCCAUCCACACCGCCAUCCAGAGGACUCCGUCACACCUGCUCAAAGAGAUUAUACUGGUGGAUGACCACAGCAACAGCUUGGAGCUGAAAGAGCACCUGCAGAGCUUUGUGGAUGAGACCAACACGCAGCACGGCCCAGGAUUCAUUAAGGUGGUCCACCACGACAAGCAGGAGGGACUGAUCAGGUCCAGAGUCCGGGGCUGGAGGGCGGCCUCCGCACCGGUGGUCGCCCUGUUCGACGCGCAUGUGGAGUUCAACACUGGAUGGGCGGAGCCUAUUCUGCAGCGAAUAAAGGAGGACCGCACCCGGGUGGUGUCUCCCUCGUUCGACAACAUCAAGUACGACACCUUCGAGAUCGAGGAAUACCCGCUGUCCGCUCAGGGCUUUGACUGGGAGCUGUGGUGUCGAUACCUCAACCCGCCGAAGUCCUGGUGGAUCCAACGCAACCACACAGCCCCCAUCAGGAGCCCUGCUCUGAUUGGCUGCUUUGUGGUCGACAGGAAGUACUUUGAGGAGAUCGGCCUGCUAGAUGAAGGUAUGGAAAUUUAUGGGGGAGAAAACGUGGAGCUCGGCAUCAGGGUGUGGCAGUGUGGCGGCAGCGUGGAGGUCCUGCCCUGCUCGAGGAUCGCCCACAUCGAGCGUGCCCACAAGCCGUACACGGAGAACCUGACGGUGCACGUGCGUCGUAACGCUCUGAGGGUGGCUGAGGUCUGGAUGGACCAGUACAAGAGUCACGUCUACAUGGCCUGGAACGUUCCGCUGCAGAACUCAGGAAUAGACAUUGGGGAUAUUUCUGACAGAAAGGCGCUGCGAUCUAGACUCCACUGCCGACCGUUCAGCUGGUUCCUCUCCAACAUUUACCCCGAGCUCCGAUCCUACAGCAACACAGUCGCCUAUGGAGUGUUGAAGAACAGUCUAAGAGACAACCUGUGUUUGGACCAGGGACCUGACACUGACAACAUUCCCAUCAUGUAUCUCUGUCAUGGUUUGACACCGCAGCAGAACGUGUACUACACCAGCUCCCAGCAGCUUCACCUUGGGGUGCUGAGUCCCACGAUCGACGACGACGAUAACAAGUGUCUGGUGGACGUGAACAGCAGACCCAGGCUUCUGGAGUGCAGCUACGCAGCAACCAAGCACAUGAAGCUCACCUGGUCGUUCGCUCAGGGUGGCCCCAUCCAGAACCUAGAGUCUCUGCGUUGUCUGGAGCUGGUGGAGAGCAAACAGUCAGAGUUCAGUUUCCAGCUGGUCAUUCAGGACUGCACCGGUCAGAAAUGGACCAUCACUAACAUACUGACUGUCCUGCCGCAGUGAACACAGGGACGCCGCUUGGCUGCUGGAACAACUGUGUUGUGAUGGACUCUUUCGGUAAGCGAGGAAGAGCGAGCGAGGAACUCGACCGCUUCACACCAAAAACACCAAACUGACCCAGAGUUCUGGUGCACGUAAAAAGAAUUAGAGUGGCAGUUAGACAUGGACAAACAUGCUGACCUAAGCAUUAAGUGUCCAAAGUGUGAGCUGCGGUACCGGAUCUAUUUUUAAUGAGAAUCUGCACAGCAAAGGAUGUGCUCCAAUCAGACACAGAACAUCAGUAACCUAAUAGCCGUUUUAUACCAAUGGCCUGAGAAAAGACACACGAAGAUGGAACAAGGGCUCAUAAAACUAUCCACCCAACAAUUGAAAUGAAAAUUAAGGUCACUUGUUCCAGGGGACGGGCUCAUGAACUCACGUGAGCACUCUGCUUAUUUGCAGUAGCAGGCUGGUGAUGUAUUCAGGGUCCCUGUUUGCGGUUUAAGAAAGGGCCUGAGCUCCCUCAGCGUCAUCACACAAUCACCAUAGCAAUUGAAGUAAGCACGGUUUCCAUAUGUUUGUGUUCAGAAGGUGAGUGACGGCACACGUUUACAGAGAAAUCUAACAAUUCGACAAUCCCACCUGGCUGAAAAUUAUACAGAGGAGAGCGGUGUUGAGUUAUUAUCGUUACACACUACUUGACUCAGAGUGUAGGCAGGACGCAUCUAUCAUUUUCUUUCCAGCCCAGUUCAGAUGAAGCACCACCCACUUCAUUAUGGUGAAAGCCUCAACGACACAAAGGAAGCCUUCCCAUGGAAACCACACUAAGGACACAGGUCCUGUUGCGGUAGAACUCUUCUUCAGGUCUUCCGAAACACUUCACUUCAUUACACAUAGGUACAUUUACAUUAAAGAAAUACUUCAAAAAUUAAGAAACACACUGAGGCAAAGCAGAGUCGAGUGUUAAUUAUUAGAUUUACUGUACUUUGAGGCUGGUUCAUGAACACAGGCACUAAAACAGAAUUCAAAAAGCAUCUCCUUAUGUCUCCUGGGGAGUCUCCACUUAUUGUGGAGCGUAUUCUCCAGGGUGCCACCCUUUUUCCUUUCUCCAAGAAGCUUCUUUCAUUAUUUUCCAGGGUUUUUUUUUUUUUUAGGAGCAUCAUGAUGUCAUACUCUGGCACUGAUCCAAUUGCUCCUGCAUAUCUUUUUCUACACGUAAUGGUGUCAAACCAAGGUUUCUACAUUAAGAAAAGGCUUUUAGGCCUUUAUUUGAUCACUAAAUACAUGUACUGCUGUUUACCAGUCAUGGUCAUAUAUGUGACAUAUGGUCCUCGGUUUGGUUUUCCCAUAGUUCCUUAGGCCUCAUCUUGCUUUAGACAGUUGCAUAAGUCUAAGUAUAAGUAUCCUAUUGAUUAAGCGGUUCACACAUAUUAUUCAUUAGGUAGUUACAUAAUGUAGCUGGUUCACACCUUAGAGAUCACAUAAGAUAGUGACUACACACAUCCUUUAGAUUGAGCACUAUUGAGUUUCUAUUGAUCAAUAAAAAAAUAUACACCCGUCCCACGAGGUCCAACCAGAGUCUUUGGAACAAAGAUAGUAGCUUGGAAAACAGUGCUUUUAAAGAUGAGCGACAGUCACAUUUACACAGAGCUGAGGCAGUUCGUCUGUUUGCCAUGGCUUCGAGUUAGAACGAUAAACUAGCAAAUUGUAUCUAAUAAGUUAGUUUAACGUUAAUUCUUGCUUCCUAUUAGCAUUUUUUAAAGCCUGCUCCUGAGUACAAGCAGUUAGCUAGUAUUAGUUAAUGAAUCAAUGAUGUAGCUGGGCCUGCUGUAAUGUGAUGGUUUUAGCUUUUAUUUCAGACUUAGUGGUUGUGUGCGCUCAGGACAACAGGACAUGGAGGAGUACCAACAGCUGAAGGUAUCUUUCAUUGAGGCUUUUGUCAUAUGGAAGUGGGCGGUGUUUCAUCUGCACUGGGUUGGAAAAACAAUGGACGUGUGACAGAUGCUGUAGAUUUCCUACUUACAACGGUGAUGGAGAAUAACCACAGAGUGAUUUAAAGUGGCAUUGUAACAGAAACUCUGUCCCUCAGAAGUUUCAUAUUUUGCUUUCUAAUUAAUUACAUCAGGGGCAGAGACGUUGAUAAGGCCGGCAGACAUCGUAUUGGUGGGUUCAGAGACAGAGCAGGAGAUGAUUUUCCUGCAAACCUUUUGUGACACCAGCACAUAACACGACUCUGGCUCAUGCAGCAAUAAUAUUUAUUUUCAGACCUGAAUUAUAUGGAAACUGUUGGUGUUGGAUUUAAGAAAUGCUGAGGUCGUAAGUCCAAAUUCCCACAGUAUGACUUCACUGAAAUAAGAAAUUAUGAUCUAGCCACAAGCCAAACUUUUAGCCUAAAAACUGUCAAUUUUUAGAUAUUUAGUGAAGUAAAAUAUCAAGAAUCAACCUUAAAAAAAACAACACAUUAUAUUUGUGUAAUCAGAGAAUGUAAACUCCUCUAUAUGAAGUGAAACACUCUAAAUUCCCAGAAAUAUUACAGAGGAUAUGACCUCACUCAAAGCAGAGUGGCAGUGAUGUUAGGACUUCUGGUUCAGACCUGAUAUGAUGAAUAAGAAGAUAAAGGAAAAAUCCACUCUAAAAUACUGUCACUCCAAACAGGUAUUUUCACUUAUUAUAGCCAAUUGUGACAGGGAGAACUCUGCCUGGUGACCAAACCUUGUAUAUUUAAAAGAAGCAAAGCUGUAGUUGUCCUUCCAUUAUAGGGUUAAUAAAACUGACAUAUCAUUUUAACAAAAUCUGUACAUGCCCACACGGUCCUGAGAAAAUGACUAAUCUGGCAAAAUAAUUGAGAGUACCUGUCCGGGUGUAAUAUGAAUGUGCAGAAGCUUUAACAGAGCAAAAACUCAAGUUCCGAUAUUUGCUGUUUGAUGUUUUAUAUUAUUUGGUAUUUUUCUUCUUCUGUGUAAAGCGUCUUUGAGUAUCCUGAAAAGUGCUCUAUAAAUAAAAUGUAUUAUGUCAGUGGCCUCCUCCUUCAAAGUCCUCCUUUUGAAUGUCAAGACCUAAGGCUGACCCCAUCCAUAUUGUCAGCCAAGAAAUGAGGCAUUUUUGCCUGAAUCUGGAGGAAACCACCAGUUUAUCAUUUAUGUAAGUCGUCAGUAUCCCACUGUGCCCCACUCGCUUCAUCUUACCUUGUCUGUAAUGAUCUAAGUCGUGUUUACAAUUAAGUUAAUCUAUGAAAAGGCCAUUCAUAAUACCAACAACGAAGGCCAGGCACUGAACAUGUUCAUCGCUACAUGUAAAAUGCGCUAAUCAGUUGCACAAGCUAUGACGGCGAAAUUAAAGUUGGAUAUAUAUGGAUGUCUCAUGUCUCAUCAACCAUAGAAGUUACAACCAUUAUAGAAAUUUACCAGUUAAUUAUAGAUUUUGUCCUUUUUUUGGAGCUAGUUUUGGUCAUCCUUUCUAUCAAUAAUAAUGACUCUAUGUGCACCAAAUUAAUUGCUGAGGUCUGGCUCAUGGCUAGCCUGGUUCACGACCAAUGAUUUUCUGAACCACCACCUCAGAUUUGUUUAGCCAUUCAAAUAGGUCUAGAGUGCCCACUGACAUCUGUUUCCACCAGUUGAAAUAGUCAACCAAUCAGAGCUUUGUAGGAUUAGGAAAUGGAAAAGCUAUAACGUCAACAUUCUAGCUAGCUAGCUAGCUACGUAAGAAGUUAGUAUCGCCAUCUAGCUAGCUAGCUUGGUAGCUAGAAUGGAGAUGCUAUCUUCCUAUGCAGCUAAAUAGGAUAGCAUCUCCAUUCUUAAUCCCACAAAGCUCUGAUUGGUUGAAUGGCUAGCUAGCUUGGUAUCUAGCUAGAUUGGGGAUCUUGGUAGCUAGCUAGCUAUAUUCAUGAAAAAUAGCAACAGAAAAACAUCAUUUUUGUCUCUAAAAAGAAGUCAGGGCAUGAAACAUGAGAUGUGAGAUGAUCAUCCAGGUUUUAAACAAACAUUCAGUCAAACUUAUUUGGAACAGGAAACACAAGAAAAUGGUAAAAUUACCAACAAAACGUGUAAGUGUGUUGUAAACGUUCUGCAUAGUUUACCGACCGUUAUGAAAUUUAGUAUGUCCCUCAAUUCUGAGCAUGUGAUGGGACAAUUAUAAGUCAGAAAAAUAGCUAUAUUAGAGAUUAUGGUAAACGUUUGUGUCAGUAUUGGUGAGAAAUGUGUGUUUCAUGAUUCUCAAAUGAAAAAUGAGAUUGAUAAAUGUGUUUGAUGAUUUGUGAGUAAAGUAUGGUGGUCACAAGUGCUUUUUCCACUCCACAAACAAGUACAAACCAAUCUUUAUAACUUGAGUAUACAUCUAUUUUACAUAUUUCCAACUUUAACUUCAUAGAGUGAAUAACAUUGCUUUUAUAAAGCUUCCUGUGCAUAUAAAUAAAAAUAUUUGUGACGUUGUUUGCAUUUAUUUACAGAUUGUUUACACAGACAGUUGGAUACAUGGAUUGGGUUAAACUUGUGUGGAGUUAUGAGGCUGUUUCACAGUCUCUUAUCCUCAAAUGCAUGAUGUGUUUGAGUGCUGGUGGAAAACUCAGACAUCCGGCUUUUCAGCAUAUUCAUGUGGAAUUUCAAAGGGGGAAAGCCAUUUUUCCCAAAAGAUAAAACAGGUUUGAUUUUAUUUAAUCAAACACAAAUAAUUCCUUGAGGUACAAAUAUAACUCCAUGCAGACUGGGCAUUUGUAGUUGAAAGUGCUGGAGUGUAUGUUUUAUGUAUAAAUACAUUUUAACUUUUGCUGAUUUGACACUUGCAUAGUUCUAAAUCAUUUGCUCUACAUUUACAGACCUCCAAAAGUUACACACUGUCAUGAAGCUUUAUUAAAUAUAACUGCUGUGCAAUCAAUCUCCCAGUUAUUCAAAACCCCUGCCGUCAACAAUCUCUAUCAAUAAUUCAACACAAAAACAGGAUGAACCUAUCCAUUAUUAAUCUGGCUAUUAUGUAUUCAAAAAUUCUCUUUUUCGAUCACAACCCACUGAGGUACCAAUAACACAGAUAAAGCAGUGGUAACUUGUGGAGGAUUGGAACUGUAUGUCUUCUAUCGGCUACUGUGUAGCAUCUGUUAGCAAACUUUCUGUUAAUCUUCUGUUCUUUAUGUGGCUCAGGUUUGUAGAUCCUGAAGUUUUAAAAGUAUCUCAAUUGUUGGGAAGCUGUUCAUAUUAUCAAGUCAUGGAAAUGUCCGAGCUAUUUUACUAGUGUAUUUAAACUGGAUAUUUAUAAGUACCAAUAGUAAAAAUGACAAUGGCAAAACGUG